CCGCUCCUCUCAGGUUUCUCUCUCGGUACAACGAAGUGCGCCUAGGGAGAACAGUUUUCGGCUGUAUGGUGGCGUUUUAUGAAGUUAGCAGCACUGACAAAUUCUCUGGUUCCCUUUUCUAUGUCGUCCUUUCUCAUGUUGAGUGGUUCAAGCGUGCUGGUACUGGAGUAAACAAAUUAGAAAUCGCAGCCAUGGUGCGUAUGAAUGUUUUAAGUGAUGCCCUGAAGUCUAUUAACAAUGCUGAGAAACGUGGCAAACGUCAGGUGUUGUUGAGACCCUGCUCAAAAGUAAUUGUUAAAUUCCUCACUGUCAUGAUGAAACAUGGUUACAUUGGAGAAUUUGAAAUUGUCGAUGAUCACCGUAGUGGAAAAGUAGUGGUGAAUCUUACUGGAAGGUUGAACAAAUGUGGUGUUAUUUCACCUAGAUUUGAUGUACCCAUCAAUGACAUUGAGAAAUGGACCAACAAUCUCCUUCCUUCUCGACAAUUUGGCUUUGUCGUAUUGACCACCAGUGGAGGGAUCAUGGACCAUGAAGAAGCCAGGAGGAAGCACCUGGGAGGAAAAAUACUUGGAUUUUUCUUCUAAUUUUUUUAUUUAAUUAAAUAAAGAUAUUACGAAAAAAUGUAUGUAAUACUAUUGUAUAUUUCUUUGAAUAACCUAUUUGAAUAUCAUAGUUUA